AAAUGGCUUCACAAGCGGCUGAAUAACGUCCUAGAAGGCAAUUAAGGGCGACCUCCAACCCGAACACCAUGCUCCGCUGGACAGAAGCACCAAAACUGCGCCCGGGUUGAUUUAUGCAAGACCAUUUAGACUCAUAAUGCUACGAUUUCAAUACACAACCACAUCAUGACGACUGGUAUGCCAGCACCGGCUCGAGCCCCGACACCGCGGCCUAAGGGGGCAGCAACAUCCGGUGUAAAUUCCGAGUCCGUUGUGGCAGUCAACCCUCGGCUGACGCCUUCACAUCCAGCGUCCGGAACAGCAGCUCUACCGGAACCCGGGCCCCGCCGGGCCCCGCGUUCUGGGGUGUCAGAUCCUCUCUCGGACCGCGCGACCGCAUUUCUGAUCCGCCGAACGCUAUGUCCUCAGCAGCUCGACAAGGGCAGAAACACGCCUACGCCAACCAUAGAUCUGCUGCCGCCACUGACCAGCCGGAACGAUGUCGACCUGCAACUAUACGCCCUAAUCGCCAUCAUCCUGCGGGAGUCCGUACAGAAUUGGUACACCAAGAUCACCUCGGAUGAGACGUUUGUGGCCGAGAUCGUCCAGAUCAUAGCUCAUUGUACACGAGCGCUCGAGCAGAGGCUACGAAAGGUGGACUUGGAGAGCUUGCUUUUCGACGAGAUCCCUGACCUCGUCGACAAGCAUGUCAAUACAUAUCGAGCGGCCCAUGAUUCUGUCGCGCAGCCCCCUCUACAAGCCAAUCCGCAUGAGAUCUACCACUCCCUGUGUCCCCUCCCGGCCCUUUCUCCUAUUCCCAGGCCGGAAUCACCCAGCACUAUCGACGAGCAGGCCCAGAACGAGGCGGCAUACCGCCAGCUCUUAGUCCAUGGCGUUCUUGCCAUCCUACUCCCCACCGAAGACCUCGAAAACGACUGCCUCGUGGCGCUGGUUGGCCAGCUGUUUUCCGAGCUAAUAAUUGGCGAUAUCGUUGCCAAUAGACUCUCGGAGCCAUGGCUGAUAUGGGAAGGGCUAAUAAUCCUGACGAGGGUGAUACGAGAACGGACCAAUGCUGCGCCGAAGGGCCCACCGACACAGUCCAGUAGCGACGCCGCACCGCCAAGCGAGCGAAGGGGCCUUUCGGUACAGCGACUGUUUUGGUCCUUCAUGCAAUGGUGCUUCGUUGCAACGAGUUUCAUCCGGCUGCUGGUCACCACUCUAGCAUCGUCACGAUCCCUCCCUCCUCGGACCCGGCACAUGAGCAGUCACUCCGAGGAUAUGACUCGUCAGAAGGCGGAAGGAGAGGCAAUAAAAGCUACAAACCCACUCGAGACAUGCCCGGGGCUUAUCAGGGUGCCCGUGCUCGCCUUCCGGAUAUUCCCUGCGGUAUCGAAUCUGAUCGAGAUGGGCGUACGGAUGCCGUGGCUCUGUGGCGCGAUGUCCAUCCUCCACUGGAUUGCCAUGACGGGCCCGGGACGAAUAGCGCAUGUCAAUGGCGCUCUGGACAGGAUCCUCUCCCACUCCCUGAUCCAUGCCCGCAUCCUGGACCCGGCCAACCUGCCCCCACUCCUGCGCGGCGCCCGCGCUGCCCUGUUCCCGAACAACAUGCCAGGCAAGCCCUCGCUCACCGCCCCCUCGUCCGCGGCCGAGCUCGCAGCCCUCAGGAGGAGGUGCGCCACCGCCCUGUGGGGCCUCGUCCCGAAACCGCUGGGGAGGCUCUACUUUGGCAGUGGCAGUGGCAGUGGCGGCGGCGGCAGCAGCGCCUCGAGGAGCUCCUGGUGGGCGCCCUGUAGUAGUGCGGCCAGCUCGACCAACAGCGACGGCCGCCGCGAGGGCGGCCUAGCCGAGAAGGUCGGUAGCGCUGGCGCUAGCGCGGGCCGUGCGUCGUCCCCUAGGGGCACGUGGGCUGCUCCUGCUGCUGAUCGGGGGGGUCUGGCAGGGUCGUCAGACGAGGGCGAGGAGGAUGGGCGGAUACUGUCGGAGAUCGAGGCGGGCAUCGUGGACGUGUUUGGCGACAAGUACUGCAACAAGCAUCUCUUGUACGGCAUCUUGGAGCUGGUGCUUGUGCGCCUGAUGCCGGAGCUGGCUGAGAAGGGCAUCGGCGAGCUCUGGGAGGAGAGGUUGAGCUGA